AUGUCUCGAGUAUCUGGCCCCCCUCCACAUGGAGUGUACGCUCCGGCCGUUACCUUCUUUGAUGACCAGGAAAACAUCGACUUUGACAGCAUUGCCAAGCAUGUCCAGCGACUUCUCAAAGCUGGAGUGACCGGGCUGGUAGUCCACGGCAGUAACGGCGAAGCUACCCAUCUAAGCGACAAAGAACGGGUAGAGAUCAUCUCGCACAUUCGGUCCACCGCCAGCCUUUUCGAACAGCAAACGCCAAUCAUUGCUGGCUGCAGCGCCAAUAGUGUACGCCAGACACUGGAGCUUAUCAGUCAAGCUCAACAGGCUGGGGCAGACUACGCACUCGUUCUUCCACCGAGCUAUUGGGCAGCCGCCAUGACAAAGCCUAUUAUUAAAUCUUUCUACAGAGAUGUGGCCGCGGAAUCAAAGUUACCUAUAGUUAUCUACAACUUCCCUAAUGUAGCAAGUGGAAUCGAUGUUGAUUCUGAUCUUAUUAUCGAGUUGGCGAGAGAGCUGCCUAACAUUAGCGGCGUCAAGCUCACCUGCGGAAAUCUUGGUAAACUUCAAAGAGUUACUGCUGCUCUUCCGACCAACAAGUUCUCUGCCUUUGCGGGCAAGGCAGACUUUAUGCUCCCGAGCUUGGUAUGUGGCUCAGCAGGUGUCAUCGCAGCCCUAGCAAACGUGGUUCCAGGAGUCCAUGUUGAGCUAUUGCGGGCCUACUCAGCGGGUGAUUUGGAGCGAGCAGCAGCGAUACAGAAGGAUCUUUCUAAUGCUGAUGCUGCUCUGCUAAAGUUUGGGAUCUCGGGUGUCAAGACAUCCUGCCGCAAGUGGUUUGGUUAUGGUGAUGGCCGGGUGAGGCGUCCUCUCCCAACUGUAGAGAUCUCAAGCAUGGAUGGAGAUGCAGUACAGUCGAUUGAGCGGCUGAUCGAGCUGGAAAAGUCUUUGGUCGGGGGAAGCCCCAACUUGUAA